GCAUCUACUUCUAAGCCAUAUAUGACAUGUUCCAAUUUAUAACAUUUACGAGAAAAUGAAAUUAAAAAGAAAAUCAUAUCCCUAACUUCACCCAAAUUUGUGUCGGUGAAUUUGGAUUUUCUGAUUUUUAGUUUUUUUUUUCUUCUCUUUCUCUCUCUGUUUCCUUCUUAAUUCUCACAGACAGCUUUGCUGUGUCUCUUAAAAACAUUUCAACGUGUAACCAUAAACGUAUGGCACAGCCAAACUAAGCAUGCCAUCUAAAAAACUUAACCCUUCCGGUUCCUAGUUCUUGCCCUGUUCUGAUAAAAAACACCCCCCCAAAAAAAAACAGACCCAAAGCUGGGAAACAUAGAAUUUGUCGAAUAAAAGCCAUGGAAAAUGGAACAGGGGUUGUUGCUUCAAGGGAGAGUUCGAGGAAGUCUGCGGAGAGGCCGUACAAAGGAAUAAGGAUGAGAAAGUGGGGGAAGUGGGUGGCUGAGAUAAGGGAACCGAAUAAACGGUCGAGGAUUUGGUUAGGGUCUUAUUCCACCCCCGUCGCGGCGGCCAGAGCUUAUGACACGGCGGUUUUUUACUUACGUGGACCAUCGGCUAGGUUGAAUUUUCCCGACCUUCUGGAGGGAGAGAAAGUUGGCGGCGGCUCCCUCGGUGGCGAUUUGUCGGCGGCUUAUAUAAGGAAGAAAGCUGUUGAAGUUGGUGCUAGAGUUGAUGCUCUUGAGGUAGCUCAUCAUCAUCAUCAUCACCACCACCACCAUCACCACCAUCAUCAUAAUCAUGGUCAUAGUUAUAAACUUAAUCAGAAUUAUAAUCGAAGUUACGGCGAUGAGUUGAAGCCAAGUGGCGGGUUCUUACAGCGGGUUGACUUGAACAAGAUGCCCGACCCGGAGGAUUCGGAUGAUGAAUGGGAAAAGAAGUAGAAAGGAAAAAAAAAAAAAA